UCCUCUGUCCAGAUGCCAGUAGGGCCCUACAGAGAAGCACGGGGGGCUGGGGGGCACAGUGACGCACACGCCUCUUGUGUGUGCUCUCUGGUUUGUGGGCCGCCGUUCUUUGCUUCCUCUUAACCAGGAGUGAUAGUUUCCUGAGGGACGGCGUUUAGCGCAGAGACUUAGUCCCCAGGCCCCUAGGCGCACCGUUGAACCCCUUUCCCUCCGGUCACUCAGCGGUGCCGUGUGCCUUCCCACGUGGGGUGCCCCCUUUCUAUUUUGCAGGUACAUGAGCGAACUGAAGAAAUGGAUUUCCUGUUGUUGGUCGUCCGCAAACUUCUAAGAACAAAUUCACGUUUUGUGAAGGUAGUCCUGAUGUCGGCCACCAUCAACUGUAAAGAGUUUGCAGAUUACUUUGCUGUUCCUGUUCAGAACAAGAUGAACCCUGCUUAUAUUUUUGAAGUGGAAGGAAAGCCCUAUUCAGUUGAGGAGUAUUAUCUUAAUGAUUUGGAGCACAUUCAUCAUAGCAGGCUUUCCCCUCACCUCUUGGAGGAGCCAGUGAUAACCAAGGACAUCUAUGAAGUCGCUGUCUCCCUCAUUCAGAUGUUUGAUGGCUUGGACAUGAAGGAGAGUGGGACCAAGACCUGGUCGGGCACCCCAUUUGUGUCAGAGCGGAGCAGUGUGUUGGUGUUUUUGCCGGGUCUGGGUGAAAUAAACUAUAUGCAUGAAAUUCUCACAAACAUGGUUCAUAAAAGGUUACAGGUCUAUCCACUCCAUUCAAGUGUGACUUUGGAAGAACAGAAUAACGUGUUUUUAAGUCCAGUGCCUGGGUACAGAAAGAUCAUUCUGUCCACCAACAUUGCGGAGAGUUCUGUCACGGUUCCAGACGUCAAAUACGUUAUAGAUUUUUGUUUGACUAGAACUCUGGUUUGUGAUGAAGAUACGAAUUACCAGAGCCUGCGAUUGAGUUGGGCCUCUAAAACCAGUUGUGAUCAGAGAAAAGGCCGUGCUGGACGAGUGUCUAAAGGAUACUGUUACAGACUCAUAUACAAGGAUUUCUGGGACAGCUCCAUCCCCGACCAUGUCAUUCCUGAGAUGCUGCGUUGUCCAUUAGGAAGCACAAUAUUGAAAGUGAAAUUACUUGAUAUGGGUGAACCGAGGGCUCUGCUGGCAACAGCCCUUUCUCCACCUAGCCUGAGUGACAUUGAACGCACCAUUCUUCUGCUAAAGGAGGUUGGAGCACUUGCGGUGAGCAGGCAGAGAGAAGAUGAAAACCCCCAUGAUGGUGAAUUGACCUUCUUAGGAAGAGUUUUAGCCCAACUUCCUGUUAAUCAGCAGCUCGGUAAACUCAUAGUCCUCGGACAUGUGUUUGGAUGUCUAGAUGAGUGUGUUAUUAUAGCGGCAUCUCUUUCUUUGAAGAAUUUUUUUGUGAUGCCUUUUAGGCAGCAUCUUGAUGGAUAUAGGAACAAAGUGGAUUUCUGUGGCAACAGUAAGAGUGACUGUGCUGCGCUUGUCGAAGCGUUCAGGGCUUGGCAGACUUGCAGACAUAGAGGAGAGCUGCGGCAUCCGAAGGAUGAACUUGACUGGGGACGGUUAAAUUACAUUCAAAUCAAGAGAAUUAGAGAGGUGGCUGAAUUAUAUGAAGAAUUGAAGACUAGAAUCUCACAGUUCAACAUGUAUGUUGAUUCCCGGCGGCCUGUCAUGGACCAAGAGUAUACAUAUAAGCAACGAUUCAUCCUGCAGGUUGUAUUGGCAGGUGCUUUUUAUCCAAAUUACUUUACUUUUGGGCAGCCUGACGAAGAGAUGGCAGUGAGGGAGCUGGCAGGCAAAGACCCAAAGACAACCGUUGUGCUGAAGCAUGUUCCUCCCUAUGGAUUUCUCUACUAUAAACAACUGCAGUCUCUCUUUAGACAGUGCGGCCAAGUCAGAUCCAUCGUGUUUGAUGGUGCAAAAGCCUUUGUGGAGUUUUCACGCAAUCCAACAGAGAGGUUUAAAACUCUUCCUGCGGUGUAUAUGGCCAUUAAGAUGUCUCAGCUGAAAGUUUCCCUUGAACUCAGUGUUCAUUCUGCAGAGGAGAUUGAAGGGAAGGUGCAAGGAGGGGCUGUUUCCAAGCUCAGGAACACAAGGGUGAAUGUGGACUUCCAGAAGCAGACAGUUGAUCCUGCGCAAGUCUCAUUUAACACGUUAGACAGAUCCCAGAUGAUUACAGAUCUCCUCUUAACAAUUGAUGUUACAGAGGUGGUUGAAGUGGGGCACUUCUGGGGAUAUAGGAUUGAUGAAAAAAGCUCAGAGAUUCUGGAAAAGCUUACUGCUGAAAUCAGCCGUCUGAAGUUGGUGCCCUUGCCGGUUCACCCACAUCCAGACUUGGUCUGUCUGGCUCCUUUUGCUGAUUUUGAUAAAGAAAGCUACUUUAGAGCACAGAUCCUUUAUGUUUCUGGAAAUUCUGCUGAGGUGUUCUUUGUAGACUAUGGAAACAGAGCGCACGUAGCUCUGGACGUCUUAAUGGAGAUUCCCUGUCAGUUUCUUGAACUUCCCUUUCAGGCUUUGGAGUUUAAGAUUUGCAAGAUGCGCCCAUCCGCAAGGUGUCUGGUGUGCGGCGAGCACUGGAGUGGCAGGGCCAGCCGGCGCUUCUCCUCGCUGGUCAGCGGCCGUGCCCUCCUCGUGAAGGUCUUCUCCGUGGUGCACGGCGUCCUACACGUGGACGCCUACCUCUCCUCGGCGCUGCAGGGCGCCAUCAACGUGCGAGACGUCCUCGUCAAGGAGGGCUGUGCCGAGCUGGCCGAGGAGCCCUAUGAGUCCAAGCAAAGCCAUGAAGUUCUCAAGGGUCUCUUUUCCAAAUCAGUAGAAUAUGUGACAGACAUGUCCGUGUCAUCCCCCCUGAAAGACGACGAAAAGUAUGUGAUCCGGAUUUUGUUAGAGAGCUUUUCUUCCAAUAAACUGGGUAACCCAAACUGCAAGGCAAUACUUCAUGGGCCUUUUAACCCUUAUGAACUGAAGUGUCAUAGUCUGACCAGAAUAUCCAAGUUCAGGCGCGUUUGGAUUGAGAAGGAGAGCAUCAACUCUGUCAUCAUCAGCGACAGCCCCGAGGACCUCCACCAGAGGAUGCUGGUUGCAGCUUCCCUUUCGGUUAACGCCACCGGGUCCACCGUGCUGCUGCGGGAGACCUCGCUGAUGCCGCACAUCCCCGGCCUUCCGGCGCUCCUCAGCAUGCUGUUUGCACCAGUCAUGGAGCUCAGAGUUGAUCGAGAUGGCAGAUGCUAUACUGGAGUCCUCUGUGGUUUGGGGUGGAAUCCGACUACAGGGGCCCCUGUCCUGCCGGAGCAUGACAUGGAGCUCGCGUUUGACGUGCAGUUCAGCGUGGAGGAUGUCAUAGAGAUUAAUAUUCUCAGAGCCGCUAUAAACAAGCUAGCGUGUGAUGGACCAAAUGGAUCGAUGCGUCUUGGGCCAGAAAGAAUCACACAGUUGCAGGAUAAUGCUCGGCAGAAACUUUUAGGUUUGUUCUGUCCAUUGAAACCAAGAGAGAAGAUUGUUCCUAAGUGGCAUGAAAAGCCAUAUGAGUGGAAUCAGGUUGAUCUGAAGCUGGUGAUGGAGCAGGCGGACCGGGAGAGCAGCAGAGGGAAGAACGCCUUUCUGUACCAGCUGCACAAACUGAUUGUCCUCAGUUCCUAGACGGGACGCAGGCUGUACCCAGCCCUCCUGGGGGCCACGGAGGCCUGUUAAAGGCUCCACCCGCGGGCUGCCUCCCUUUGUCCACUCGGUCUGAAAGGCCUUCUCGGUCCCGGUUCCUUUCCUCUUCAGGUGGUGGCUGGAGAGUGGUAUUUCUGUUCAAGUGGAAGAUUGGGAAAAGUCUUGUCUUUUCUAGAAACAGAAGAUCACUGUAUUAAUAAACAUUUUGGGAAAAAUUAUUUUGAAAGAAGACUUCAUUUGGAAAAAGAGCUGUAUUUUGCUUUCAAUUUACUAAGGUAAAUAUAAGUAGCUAAUCUUUCAUGUGAGGUUCCAGAACAUGCUUGUAUGUUCUAUUUUGUUACAGUGAUUUAAACCUGGGGCACAGGAGAACCAGGGCUCCCAGUUUACCACAAGGAGAAAGCUGUGUGUUUUUUCCAAAGCCACAUGGCAUUUUCUAAUUUUUUUUCCAUGAGGGAAAAUACCUAAUUUUGGUAAAACUACUUCAGUUUUGUAUAUUUUAGGUUUCUACUUAAGUUAAAUUCGUAGUCCACAUUUUGGAAAUUAGAGAGAUUACCUGGUCACUAGUAUAUCUAUGUUAAAACAAUAAAAGCAUUAGACUAAGUUUGUUUCUGACAGUUAUUAGUCAGAGGAUAUUAAAAGGUAUUUCAUUCUGAAAAAAAUCCAAAUUUCUAAAACUGAUAAAGGAAUAUAGACUUCGUUUUAAAAGUCAACUUUUGUCAGGCAGGGUUUCACCAGAAAAGCAGAGCCACUGUAAAUGCAGCAGUAAAUGAGAUCUGAGUUAGCUCUUACACGAGCGUGACAGAAGCUGGAGUGAAGGUCUGGAAGGGCCAGUGGGCGGAUCGGAGAAAUGGUCCACCUGAGCCGGCUGCUUACAGGCGGACAGUUUGAGGCUUGUGAGAGCACACAUAUUUGGUCAGCAACGUGGGAUCAUGACCAGGAGCUCAUGUAGAGAACUCGAAAACCACCCCGUCUAAGGGAGCUUCUGUAAACUGGGGGCCCGGCCAAGUGCUGUGCUGGGGCGGCAGCCAGGAAGCCCGCUGGAUGCUGAGUGUGCCAGCAGCAGCGGCUGCGCCCGAUGCGACCUUCUGAGCACACGGCCCCCACUUCACCUGUGCCCCAGUCUUGCUCAGCUGCUUCUGAGGCAGCUCAGAGCAGAAGCAUUCCAGUGGGGGGUUUCUGGGGAACACGCUUCCCACCUUACGCAGGAGGUGGUGCUACCAAGCUAGCAACACACCGUCCUUUGUUCAACUUUAAGGCUAAGAGUUCACCUGCCCUGUGAAAAGAAGCAGGAUAUUUCGACCCUGCUGUUUGCGCUUUGCUUUGCCGGGUGGGAGCGGUUAGCCCGUGUCUGCAGAGUGAGCGCACCGUGGGGUUAGCAGUGCAGGAGGACGGACCUGAGCCGUCGAGCACCCGUUCUGCUUGUUAGCUUUUGAAGAAAAGUUCUGUGAAUGGUUAAAAAAUUAAAUAGUACCAAAAGGCUUGUUUAAAAAGAAAAAAAAGAAAUCCAGUUUUUUGAUUUCUCUGGUUCUCACCCUCAAAGAAAACCAUUCUAAC